CUCUUCUCUCUUCUUCUGUCUUCUCCUCAAGCUCUCUUUCUCUUCCCUCAAGCUCUCUUCUCUCUAUCCAUCCGAGGAAGACGAGAUAUAGAGCGUGACGAGUACUGCAAACGCCACCUUCGACCAUUUCGCGACACUACGUUCGGACUCGGAAGUCUCCUGCAUCGCUCCUAUUGGCACCCACUUCGGCUUCUUUUUGCCCGGAUCCCAGAUCGAGACCGGGGAUCCGUGGAGGCGCCGCCAAGGUGCGUUUUUGAUGAGAUCCUAGAGCCGAUGCCUCACCUCCCCGCGGCUUGAAGACCUCGACCGGGCCAUCGGGGGCUUCUUGGCCUCAACCGGCGCUCGAUGCCCCCGCAUUGCCGGCGCCCGUUGCGAAUCUGUCGAAUCUGCGGGAGUCCUUGUGGGGGCGUUUGUUUUCUGUCUGGGCCUUUGGCUUCGAGGUGGAUCAUCUGGUGGUUGGUUUGAUCUGGUAGAUCUGAGUGACUCUUCCUAUCUUGACGGUUUGAGGGUUCGGGGAUUUUGUAUCGUGGAGGAGUGGAGUUGCCACUGAACUGAUAAAGGAGCCACUUUGCUGUGUCGAAUGAUGAAUUCCGACGCUUCUCUCGAUUGUGCUUUGUUUGAGCUCUCGCCAAGGCGGUCACGGUGUGAAUUGUUUGUAUCGGGAAAUGGGAAAACGGAGAAGAUUGCAUCUGGUUUCUUGAAGCCGUUUGUCACACAUUUGAAGGUUGCAGAAGCACAGGUCGCACGGGCAGGCAAGUCAAUAAAGCUUGAGGUUGAUAGAUCGACGAAUGAUGGCUCAUGGUUCAACAAAGGAACACUUGAAAGGUUUGUUCGGUUUGUUAGUACACCUGAGGUGCUGGAAUCAGCCAAUACAUAUGAUGCGGAGAUGUCACAGUUGGAAGGGGCUAGGAGAAUAUAUUCACAGGGUGCAGGAGAUAUGCUUUCUGGCACAUUAGGUGAAGGCGAUACAAAUACUGUAGCAGCUACAGAUAUAACAAAGAAGGAGCUUCUGAGAGCGAUUGAUGUAAGGCUUGACACUCUUAAGCAAGAUCUGGCCACAGCUUGUGCUCGGGCAUUUUCUGCUGGUUUUUCCAUUGACAAUGUCUCUGAGCUUCUUCUCUUUGCAGAAUAUUUUGGUGCAAAUCGCCUAAAUGAUGCAUGCAAUAAAUUCAUCGUGCUUUGCCAAAGUCACCCUGAGCUUACGAGCCAGCAGCAGUUGCAGUCUAUGCCUUUACAUUUGAAAAGCUUUGCUGAUGUGAAUACUCGAUCAUCCUCAAGCUCAGACAUGUCAAUAGAUGAGCCAGAGUUUGAAAAUGAUGGUGGUCCUACACCACCUGAUGGUGGUGAUAUCCAGCUUCACAAGUCCAACAUAAGACAACCAUCACGGCUGAAUACAACAGAGUUAUCAGGCACAUCUCAACAGGCCAAGCCCAUCCAAUGGCGGAGGGCAGUGUCGGAGGAGCCUCUUCCUUCUGCUUCAUCAUCUAAUGAGCCAGCUCAGCUGGAUGUAGGAGGGAGUUUUAGGCGGCUUAGUGUGCAGGACCGGAUCAACCUCUUUGAGAACAAACAAAAAGAACAGUCUGCAAGUUCUAAAAAUAUCAACACUGCAGGUGUUGUUAAUAGGGUAGUAGCAGGUAGAGGGGAGCAUAGGAGGCUCCCUUCUGAUGUUUCAGAGAAAUCAGUGUUGAGAAGGUGGAGUGGUGCUAGUGACAUGAGCAUUGACAACAGCAGUAAUAGUAAUAGUGUUAAUGGCCAGAAAGAAAGUGGAGGUGCUGUUGGAACUCCUGCAACUGGCAAUUUACAGCUUCCAUCAAAAAAUAAAACUGAAGAGACUGAGACACUUGGGUUGAAGGAUACUGCAACAUCACAAUGCCGGUUGGAUCUUAAAGAAAGAACAACAGAUACUUCUUCUUCCUUACAGUCCGAGUGCAGAGGAUUUUUUGGCAGUAGAGAUUGUCUAAAGGAUGAGGAUGUCAAGUUCACUGUAACUAAGGUCGGACCAGACUUGGAGGAGGAGCAGGGCAAGCAUCAUAUGAGUGCUUCUGUGAGCAGGGUGGAUUACUGUGGACUGGGUGAUCAAGAUGCUUCUAGGACCCACCAAAUAGGCUUUCCAGAAACUAGCAACAAUGCUGAACUGAAAGAUCAUGCAGCCUGUGUUAUCCAAUCAAAGGAAGAAAAACAUGUGCAAAUGGAAGACCAAGCAGCUUCGCCAGAAAUAUCACAAGCUCUAUCAACUGCUAGUGAGAAGGUUAGUUGGACAGAUCAAGAAAUUCUGCCGCCCCCAAAAAGAGGGGUUCCUUUGCAAGCAGAUGGUAAUGGGGUGAAGGACCAAGCAAGGCUAGUUAACCGAUUUCGAAAAUUUGGGAGAAAAACAGAUGCUGAAGUGAGAGAAGUGAAAGCAAAAGAUCCAUCAGAUUCUCAGUUCAAAGUUUCAUCGGAUUUUCCUUCAGAGAGUGAUCUACAGAAUUCUCAAUCUCAGAGGAAAACUUUUCCUGUAAGAGUGGAAGAAACAGGGGGAAGAAAUGCUGGUUCUUCUCGUGCAACAACAAAAGAAGAUGCCAAGUACCAGGGUUUAAAUUGGCGUCAACAACCAUCUGUUACUGAGAGAAGUGUGGAUGAAAGAAGACGUCAUGAAAUAAAUCAACCGCUUGCCUUUCCUUUAGAGAUUGCUAAGGAAAAACUGGAGGUAGUUGAACCACCUUUUGCACAAUGGAUGGAGCAGGUUCAGGUUAUGAUGCCAUUGAAAGGAAACCAAGAGUUAAAUGAUGAAUUAUGGAUGAAGGCUAAUGAGUUGGAAAAGCUUUUUGCUGCACAUAAGCUCAGAACUCUCAGUGAGCAGACAACUUCCUCUCGAAGAAGCAGACCAGUGGAUGUCCAGGAGGAUCAUGUUCCCAUGGUAAUGGAGAAAAGACACACAGUGGUCCUUCCUGAUCACUUGCCAGAGAAAACACUUAUGAGGGAGACUUCUAACAGUAAGGUAGACUUUGAUGCCAAUUUCCUGGAGAAGGUAGGCAAUAAGGAGUAUGCUAGUAGCAUAAGCCAAAAUCUUGAAACUCUCAGUCCAUCAGAUGAUUCUAGAGGAAAGUUUUAUUAUAAAUACAUGCAGAAGCGGGAUGCAAAGCUAUUAGAAGAGUGGGGAACAAAAAGCGCUCAGAAGGAAGCAAAAAUGAAGGCAAUGCGAGACAGUCUGGAACGUAGUCAGGCUGAGAUGAAUUCCAGAUACUCCAGAUCUGCUGAUAGACAGGGUUCAAAAUACACUCAUCGUCUUGCAGAAAAUCUGAGAUCUUUUAGCAAUAGCUCAACAUUAAGAAGCAAAAACCAGCAGGCUGUCGGCUCUGCUCAGGAAGAGGAGGAAGACCUGGAAGAAUUGUAUGAACAAGUUGGUCAAGGCCAAGAUGCAUCAUACAAUGGUCCAUUUGAUGAUUAUUCUUCUAGAAGUACUAACUCCAUUAAACUUCUCCCUGCAAGAACUUUGCCUUCUUCCACACUUCGGACAUCAGUAGCUUCAGCUCAAAAGCCUUCUGGAAAGUCUGCCAAAUCUGUUUCCACAAAACACAGGUCUCAAACUGAAAAUCCUCUUGCUGAAUCACUUCCCAACUUCUCUGACUUCAGAAAGGAGAAUGCAAAGCCAUCAGCAGCAGUUAAUAGGGUAAACACACGAGAGAAGGCAAAAGUCCUUUCUAGAAGCAAGAGCAUCAUUGAAGAGACUAACCUUGUUAAGGAAGCCAAGCCACGAAUGUCUCAGUCAAUGAGAAAGAGUACACCUAUUCCUGUUGAAUUCAAGGACCUUUCUCCUGUCAAUUCUGAUAGCCUUGAUCUCACAUCCUUUGGGUUUUCUAGGGCACAAACAGAUUCUGCUUUUAUCAAUAAAAUCCAGAAGAGUGGGGAGUUUAAACCAUUCUUAAGGAAAGGGAAAGGUACAGGUUCUGAUUUUGGAGCUAAUGUAGCUAAACCUAAAGCCUCUAUGAUUUCUGAGGUAAACAAGGAUGGAGAGCAUUUUGAAGGCAUAAUUCAGCAAACGGAUUCGGUUGACCUGGAUAAACAUGUAUUGGAGAGAUCGUCUGUCGAAGGAGAUCCUAAGGUUGCUGAUUUUCCUGUUGACUCAGAUAGUGAAAAGCCAAGACAGAGUGUAGAAUAUGAAAAUUCUGAUGAUUUUGUCUCAGAAAAUGGUGAUGUUCAAAGGUUCCUAUCCCAAGCAGAUUAUGAUACAGCUACUGCUUCUCCAAAGUUCGAAACUUCUGUAGGGAACGCACAAGAGUCACCAGGAGAAAGCCCUCGAUCAUGGAACUCACAACACCACCAUUCAUUUUCUUGUGUUCAUGAGGCAAUAUCUGUAGAUUCACCUGCAGGUAGUCCGGCAUCCUGGAAUUUACACCCUCUGAACCAAAUGAUAGAGGCAGAUGCUGCUCGAAUGAGGAAGAAAUGGGGAAGUGCUCAGAUGCCUAUGAUUGUUGCUAAUGCAUCCCAACAAUCACGCAAGGAUGUCACAAAAGGUUUUAAGCGAUUAUUGAAAUUUGGAAGGAAGAGUAAGGGUGUAGAGUCUCUAGUAAAUGACUGGGUGUCUGCUUCAACAGCUUCAGAAGGUGAUGACGACACAGAAGAAGGUCGUGAUUUGGCAACACGACCAACAGAUGAUUUGAGGAAGUCGAGAAUGGGGUACUCACUUCCAAAUGAUGGGUUCAAUGAAGGAGAAAUCUUUCCUGAACAAGCUCAAUUGUUGCGCAGCACCAUUCCAAAUCCUCCUUCAAACUUCAAACUGGGAGAGGAUCCUCUAACCGGAAGCUCCCUGAAAGCACCACGCUCUUUCUUCUCUCUGUCUUCAUUCCGGAGCAAGGAAUCCAAGCCCAGGUGACACUGGAUUACCUAGAAGCUCAAAGUAAUGACACGAUAUGGCUUAGGUACAUAUUGUUACAAUUUUCCAAUAGAUGCGAUGUUGCAGCUCUAGUGUGUUGUAUGUAUCCUUCCAUCUCAGUUCUUGUUCGUGGGUUCUCGACCACAGUCAUCUGUUGUUUUGUUGUAGAUUUGGUUGAGUAGAAUUUGUUAGGCUAUUGCAUGGCCGACCGAGGUGUUCUUUUUUCAGUUGUAGCAUGUCUUUAUAUUACCAAAAUUUGUCUGAACAGGAACAAGCAAGAGUAUGGUAGUAAGCAAUCGAUUUGUACAAAUGAGAAGGCUUGCUCUU